AUGCCGACAACACUCUGCAGUCAGCAGAAAGAUGUCCUAAUAUGGGUUGGUCAUGCGUGGUGGCACGCGCAGUGGCCUUUUUACUUACGUUGAGCAUGGUUUCAGCUCUCACAUCCGACAUAUUUGCUGCGGGAAAGUCGGACAAAGAGAUACUGGACAACCUACUCAAGAAUUCCCGCUACGAUAAAAGACUGCUUCCACCUGUAGAUGAUCCAGAAUUCUGUUGUGGUCUUACGUCGCCCAACGACUCUCUGGCUCAAAAUAAAGUCGGAUUCUCUUCGCUCCGGCCUCGCUCGCACAAUCGCGGUGUCCUCACCGUAAAUGUUAGCGUGCUACUUCUUAGUUUAGCAUCUCCAGACGAAUCUAGUCUUAAAUACGAAGUGGAGUUUUUACUACAGCAGCAGUGGUACGACCCGCGACUUCGUUAUUCCAAUCAGUCGCACUACGACUUCCUUAACGCCAUUCAUCACCACGAAGACAUUUGGCUGCCAGACACAUAUUUCAUUAUGCACGGGGAUUUUAAGGAUCCGAUAAUCCCUAUGCACUUCGCGCUGCGUAUAUAUCGCAACGGCACCAUCAACUAUCUGAUGCGGCGCCACCUAAUCCUCUCCUGCCAAGGAAGACUCAACAUUUUCCCUUUUGACGACCCAUUGUGUUCAUUUGCCUUAGAAAGUAUAUCAUAUGAGCAGUCAGCGAUUACUUACGUGUGGAAAAACGACGAGGACACUCUACGGAAAUCGCCCUCGCUCACCACCCUCAACGCGUACCUCAUACAGAACCAAACCAUCCCCUGCCCCAUAAAGGCUAGUUGGAGAGCUGAUGGUAUAUCACUUUACGAAGACGAUGAAGAGCUGACAUGUAACCUUUGCCAGAGACGCUUUGAGGAGCAAGGUAACUACAGCUGCCUUAAGGUCGACCUAAUAUUUACUAGAGACCGAGCGUUCUACUUUACUACAGUAUUUAUCCCUGGAAUAAUUCUGGUGACCUCCUCCUUCAUCACAUUCUGGCUGGAAUGGAAUGCAGUGCCAGCCCGUUCCAUGAUAGGUAAUUACAGCUGUCUCAAAGUGGAUCUCAUCUUCACGCGGGAUAGAUCUUUUUACUUCACCACAGUUUUCAUUCCGGGCAUCAUUUUGGUGACAUCAUCGUUUAUUACUUUUUGGCUGGAAUGGAAUGCAGUGCCUGCUAGAGUAAUGAUAGGUGUAACAACGAUGUUGAACUUUUUCACAACGUCAAAUGGUUUCCGGUCGACCCUGCCGGUGGUGUCCAAUCUCACGGCUAUGAACGUGUGGGACGGAGUCUGCAUGUGUUUUAUCUACGCAUCUCUUCUAGAAUUCGUAUGUGUCAAUUACGUCGGAAGAAAAAGACCACUACACAAUGUUGUGUACCGCCCCGGAGAAAACCCCGUCACACAGCGACUGCCCGCAGUCCUCAGCAGAAUUGGCAUUAUACUGGCCAGCCCCCUGGAGGCGAUCGCAUUCCUACAAUGGGCUAGGUCUGACACUCCCGAAGACGAGCCAAGUGUAAGCGGCGCCGGUGACAAAAAGCGGGAGUCAACGGGUGCAGCAGACCUAGUGACAUGUACUGCUUGCAGCGGGGCCCCUGGCCCUUGCACUCACACAGCCAACAAUGGAGGCGUAUCAGAACCAUGUUUCGUCCAGGUUCGCAAAAAAGAACCCCCGCACCCGAUCCGAGUGGCCAAGACCAUCGAUGUCAUCGCCAGGAUCACCUUUCCCACUGCCUAUGCCGUGUUUCUUAUAUUCUUCUUCAUACACUACAAGGCGUUUUCUUAAUGCUGCCUCUACCUUCAAUUCUCCUUCUGGCUGCUUUUGUUAUGAACAAUCGUGUAUUUUACGCGUCACAGAACUCACAGGUAUGCAGAUUUUUCACCAGUUUUUGAGUGUCUACACAUGUGGUCAAGCUAACUUGUGAAUGCGUUAAAUUAUAAGGGGACAUUCAGCAGAUUACUAUAAUUUUGCUGCUUUCUAUUGUUGAUAGACUAAUAUAAUCGGUACCUAGUCAUAUGAUAUUUUUUUCUACAGGCUUUGAAAUAGUUUUCAUAAAUUAAUAUGACUGUGACUGUUUGUAAUGUACCUGUGAGGCAGAUAUACUUUGUUGUGAAUACACGAAAACUUAUGAUAGGAUAAAGAGGGAUCAAUGACAUAAUUGUACGAAAAUUUCUUGUAUCGAUAAAAAUAGGUCGAUUCGUAAGUAAUGUUUGAAAACUACGAGGAGAGUAAACUUGAGGGAAAUAUAUCCCGCACUAAGAAAUCUAUUUCAAACCUAGACACACCGAGACAGUCACAAUACUAUUUUAGAACUUUAAUUUUAAUAUACUUCAAAAUCAAAAGACAUGAAACAUAAUUAGAUUAGAUUUAAUCACCAUAGCAGAAUUAGU